GAGAGUGACCUGUCACGUACGUGCGAGGGAUCAACCAAUAAUAGGGAAAUAGGGGUCCGAUUUUCAUAGGAGUCGAAUUUUCACGUGACACCGGCCCGUACGCAAGAUGGCGGCCGGCUUAAUGGGGAAAGGAAUUCUGGGAAAUAUGGGGUGAAAAUAGCCGGGCUCCGUUCCGCAUCCCCCGCAGCCAACAGGCGCGAUGGGGACGGGAGACCGGUCGGAGACCGGUCGGGAAAAUGGCAGCGCCCCCGAAUCAUUUUCGUGAUUGUAGUAUAGAAGAUCCGUGCUUAAAGCCUGUCAAUUGUAUCAAAUGUUUGGCAAGCUAAUAAAACGUGGCAUUUCGACGUAGAAGCCUCGCUCCAACGGUGGGUUGUCGUAUCGGCUUGCAGAUCGCCACAUCGCUGUUCUUACACAGAAGCAAGGACGCUCAAUGAAGAUGCCAUGUACUGGAAAAAUAGGUCGUGGCUACGGAUGGGUUGUAACCGUCUUAGGUUUUCUAAUCGGCGCUAUUGAGCUUGGAACUUUCAAAAGUUUCGGCGUCUUUAUUUUGCCGAUUCGCGAAUCGUUGGAUUGCUCAAUUUCCUCCUUGGGAACUGCAAUGGCUGCAUCGCACACGACGUGCUAUGUUCUAGUUCCGCUGGUGAACAUCUUGACCGAAAGGUAUGGCUCACGAAGACUCGUCAUGCUGGGAGGAAUCAUCAUGUUUCUUGCGUUCCUUGGAAUAUCGCUGGCGACUAACAUUGCUGUGUUUUCACUUCUCAUAAUGAUAUGGGGAAUUGGUGUUUCCCUUGCCUACGUCCCUCCCAUUGCCGCAGUGAUCAAGUAUUUUCCAACCAAUGCGGCUGUACCAAUCAGUAUCACUCAAACAGGAUGUGCCUUUGGGAUGAUGAUUUAUCCCCCGUUGACAGAAGCCUUGAUUGAGAUAUAUGGAUGGCGUGGAACCAUACUCAUAUUUGCAGCUUUUAAUGCAAAUAUUUGCGUUUUUGGAGCCUUGAUCAAGCCGCCGCCACGGCUGUAUGAAGCCCUUGCCACUCCACGUCAAGAGAUGAUACCAGCGCUUUCACAAUCUGGUGACAGUAAACUGAACAAUGUGAUCAACGUCUUUAAGAAAGCUGCGAAGGGCUUCAGUAAGAUUGUAUCCUUGGAUGUAUUACUACUGGAACCAAUGUUCACCAUAUAUGCUUUUGCGUGUUUUUUACUUGGCAUCAUGUAUAGCGCCUGGAUGAUUUACCUCGUUCCUCAUGCAGUGGUCAGGGGUAUUGAGAACCAGCGAGCUUCUCUUCUAUCUACGGCAGGAGGAGUUGGUACCCUCGUUGGCAGGAUCGUAUACGGACCAAUAUUGCACCGUGGAUACAUCCAACCGGUUCAAAUGUUCAUGCUUCUUGCUUGUGGCAAUAUUGGAGCAUUUGUGCUCGAUCCAAUCGUUUUAGAUAACUAUCCAGGACUGGUUGGGUUAUCUUCCAUCAAUGGCCUUUGUCUCGGAGUGAUGGCCGGUAUGUUCAUACUUGUGUCCCAGCAAGUCUUGGAGGGGGAAAUAGGCGACAGGGCGUGGGGUAUAUUGAGUGUCACCUUUGCGAUUGGGGAAUUAGCUGGAGGAGCUUUGGCAGGUUUCCUAUAUGAUGCCACCGGAAGUUACGAGUUGUCAUUUUUGUUUCUUGGAGGUUUAUCGGCCGUGAUCGUCGCGUCCCUUGCAGUUGAACGUUUACUGGAUUGCUGCUGUGGAAACUAAUUUAUUUCACUACUUUGUGCGUAGAUUGAUAUGAUCAGUCCAUGGUUGUUUGUAAUAAGCACUCUUCGUGCCUGCCGAACUGAUUUCAAAUCAAAACUGCAUUGAAAGACUUUACAGAAUGCAUUUAAAAUCGGUCAGGAAGUUCUCAGCGUCCGUCCACCCUCUUUUGAUUUGAUAUUAAGGAAUCGACAAAGCGUUAAGCCCUCUUUUGAAUGAGCUGCAGUUACUUCGGCGUUUCCUACUGCCUUGCGUCCAUUUGCUUUGUCUUCUGCGGGAAUGAGAACAAAUGUUAGGAAUACCAUGCUGGCUGGAGACUUGUUUAGCGACCUUUCAAUACUUUGAGUAGGGGAAGAAAUUCAUACAGAGAAGCCCAAAAAUGCUGCGUUGGAAGUGAUGCACAGGCUAAGCGAACUUUUUCAGGUUUUGCAUUCAUAUUUAACUAAGUAAGUGUUAAAAAAAUGAGUGGACUAAUUUAACACGUAAUUAAGAUUUCAGCUGCGGCAAAGAAAUGAACACAUAAUUGGAGCACAUAAUGUAGACUUGAAGUUAAGUCCGACGUUACAAGGGCUUUAAAUAUUUUGUUCAGUUUUAUGAACGAAAUGCACCUUAAUUUUAUCAAAGUAAUGUUCAGCCUAUUGCCAUUGCUAAGGGUAUUUCAAAGCCUUUUUAAUGUUAAAACAAAUGUCCAUAUACAUGACCGAAUGGUGGCCUGAUCAGGCAAAAGCUUAUAAAAGUUCAGAUCCUUAUAGUGGUUCAUACUGGAUAUUCACCCACAACCACUGCAUUGGGACUUGUCGUCACACACCAGCCGCUAGGUACAUUGGACAUGUGCGGAACUGCUACUGCAAAAUCAGACACAGAAGGGAUCCAGAUGGUCAAACAUAAGGUGUGUGUAGACAAAGGGUGUUCAUUGGCCGGGGUGUAAAUUGAUAGGGUGUAAAUUGACCGGGCGUUAGGGAAGAAACUAACAAAGUUGUAAACGAACGUAUAAGAAAGAAUUAUUAGUGUAUAUACCUGGUCCAGCUACUCAGAAUAAUAGUAAUUAUUACUAAAUUUAUUAUAAUUAUACGUGUAAUGGUACC